CAGCGUUGUUGAACAGAGUGUGGAAUACAGUGGACAGUGAAGGAUCAUGGUGGCUAAGAUGGUAUUUCUCUCGAUGUUGGCAGCCCUGUUCGUGUGUGCCAGCGCCACACCGCAGUACAGCAACCAUUACGAACCUAAAGCUCACUACGUUGAGGACUACUACGCACACCCCAAGUACAAGUUCGAGUACGGCGUCCACGACAGCCACACCGGCGACAUCAAAAGCCACAAGGAGGAGCGCGACGGGGAUGUGGUGCACGGCAGCUACGAGCUGGUGGAGGCGGACGGUUCAAAGCGCGUCGUCCACUACACAGCUGACCACCACACUGGCUUUAACGCCGUCGUCCACCGGGAACACAACGUCCAUCCUCAACAUUACGCCAAGCCCAAGUAUGAAUACAAACCUUCAUACCAUCACUACUAAAAAUAUGAUCAAGCAUCAUCUCCAUCCUACACAUAAUGUUUUCACCAUGGCAUUUAAGGCUUUAUAAUCAGCCUCUGGGUUGUAUCUUGAUUGUUAACAAAUUUUACAGUUGCUGUUUUAAGUUACUGUGCUAAAUAA